CUUGCUCCGAUAAACACUGGAAAGCCCUGCCCCACUGGCCAAUGCAUUCCUCCCCGAAAGCUCAUUUUGUUUGUGGGCUUUAUUUUGAGAGUUUUAAAAAAACCGAUUUUGUGCUAUUUUUUUUGCCCUAAUUUUGAUUAAAAGCGCAUUUCUAUGGUUUGCCGAACGCUUUGAUUUUGAUUAAAGUCACGUUUUCUCUGGUUUCCAUAACCGCUUUAAAACCAGCAGCUUUUGAUCUAUUCCUCCUCAAAAAUGGGGAAAAAUCACGGUCUUUGGUGACAUUCUCUGUAGGAUUUCAUUAGAUUAGGGCAGAUCAGAACCGCUUUCCUCUGGUUCCAAAAGGUCUUUGAAACAGUUGGAUUUGCUUCAUUAAACAUUAAAAAUCGCAGAAAGAGUUUUUAGUAAGGUUUUAUCAGAUCAGAGAGAAAGAGAGCCACUUGUUUCUGGCUUUUGAAAACCACUCAGGCUAGGUGGUUCUGAGUCAAUUAAGUGCCAAUAUGUUUCAAGUUUCAGGGGAAGGGAUGUUAAUGGUGACUGCAAGAGCUCCCACAAAUAUUGCAGUAAUUAAAUACUGGGGAAAAAGAGAUGAGAGCUUGAUCCUUCCUAUAAAUGAUAGCAUUAGUGUGACUCUUGAUCCAGAUCACCUAUGCACUACAACGACUGUGGCAGUUAGCCCUAAUUUUGAGUCUGAUCGCAUGUGGCUUAAUGGAAAGGAGAUUUCCCUUUCUGGAGGUAGAUACCAGAGCUGUCUCAAGGAAAUCAGACAACAAGCCGGAGAUGUGAUUGAUGAGAAUAAGGGGAUUUGCAUUAAGGGAGAAGAUUGGCAAAAGUUGCAUGUGCAUAUUGCUUCCUAUAAUAAUUUUCCUACUGCAGCUGGGUUAGCUUCUUCAGCUGCUGGAUUUGCAUGUUUAGUAUAUGCCCUUUCAAAAUUGAUGAAUGUGAAAGAGCAAUAUGAGCUUUCAGCAAUUGCACGACAAGGUUCUGGAAGUGCUUGUCGAAGUCUUUAUGGUGGCUUUGUGAAGUGGGCAAUGGGAAAUGAUGUGAACGGAAGUGACAGCAUUGCCAUUCAACUUGCACGUGAAACACACUGGAGCGAUCUUGUAAUUCUUAUUGCUGUGGUGAGUUCACACCAGAAGGAAAUAAGUAGCACCACUGGUAUGCGUGAGAGUGUUGAAACAAGUGAGCUUUUGCUUCAGAGAUCACAGAAUAUUGUCCCCAAACGCAUAAAGCAAAUGGAAGAAGCCAUUAGAAAUCGCGAUUUCACAACUUUUGCAAAGUUGACCAGUGCAGAUAGUAAUCAGUUUCAUGCUGUGUGCUUGGAUACAUCUCCCCCUAUAUUCUACAUGAACAAUACAUCUCAUAGGAUAAUCAAUUGCAUUGAAAGAUGGAACCAGUCUGAAGGAACUCCUCAGGUCUCAUACACUUUUGAUGCGGGCCCCAACGCCGUCAUGUUUGCGCCCAAUAGAAAAGUUGCUAGUCUUUUGCUUCAAAGGCUGCUUUUCUAUUUCCCCCCACUUCCAGGAGAUGAUUUGUCUAGCUUUGUAAUUGGGGACCAGUCAAUACUCCAAGAAGCCGGUAUAGGGUCAAUGAAAGAUGUCCAAAGCUUAUCGCCUCCUCCUGAAACCAAAGAUUCAAAAUUUCUAUCAAAACAUGGCGGGAGUGUGAGCUAUUUUAUCUGCACAAGGCCAGGGCGAGGUCCUGAAUUGCGUGCACAUGGGGAUGCUCUUAUCCACCCUCAAACUGGUCUGCCAAAGUGAGUUUAUACCUGACCGAAAUCUCUCUUUCUCUCUCCCUGGCUUCGUGUUGUAGUUACUUUCAGUUUGUUUGUAUGGAAAUUCGGAAUUCCUUGAGAGGAGUCCACUCCGAGGAUGGAUGAACUUGUAAUUUUUUCAUGUUUUAUUCGUUGGCAGUGGCCUCUAGUGAGUUUUCUAGUGGAUUUUCUUCCCCUUAAAACCUUUUUUUUGUUGUUGUCA